GUAAUCAAAGUUGAGAGAAUAGAAGAACUAAAUUAAUCAGUUUCCAAUUCCAAGUGAAUCUCUUUUUUCCUUUUGUAUUGGUUUAAUAUUUUUCUUUCCUCAACAUGAUUGAGUUUCUUUUUCCAAUCCAAUUCAAACAUUAAUCUAAUAGAGAGAUUGAUUAUUAUGAUUUAUGUUUUUUGUUUAUUAAUUUUAACUGAUUACCUAAUGUGCUUUUCAUCAUCGUAAUCAAAUUUAAUUGUUGUUGGAUGACAACUUGUGUAUCGAUGCCUUUUGUUGAUUAUCCAUCGUUCAUGUUACCUGUUCAUCUAUGUACAUGAACUUAUUUUCUCAAUGUAUUUUUUUUCUCGGUGUAAAUUGAUGAUCGAUGAUCAUUGAUUAUUUUUUCUCUCUCAUUCAUUCAAUCAAAUCCUGAGCAAUCUAAUUAAUACCUGGUAUAUAUAAUAUAUACCAGGUAUCAGUUAUUUACAUCUCAAUAUAAUCAAUUCAUCUCAUUUUUAUGUGUCUUACUUUUUUUGCUGUGGAUGCCAACAGCCAAACAUGAAGGAGUUAAGGAAGAGAAAUUAUCCAAAAACGCUGGAAACACUCAAGGCAAUGGAAAAGAUAACAAGAAAGAAACGAAAACAACAAUUAAACCUCAGCAAGGAACAACAAGUAAAAGCGACGACAGUGAUAAAACUCAGCCACAUCCAUCAACACCACUACCACCAACCACAACCACAACUACAUCAACCAUCACCAUCACCACCGGAGGAAAUACAUCAACACUAUGCUCAGCCUCAUCAUCAGAACCAUGUUGUGAAAAAAGUGAUGAAGGUGAUGGUGGAGGAGGAGGAGGAAGAGGAAACAGUGGUAGAAAUGAAAAGGAUAAAAAUGAAAGAACUAAUCAAAUCAAUAGUAGUAAAUUCCCUACCACUAGUAAUAAUAAUAGCAAAUCAAAAACAAACACCACAAUCACAGCACCAUCAACAUCUCAUAAGCAACAACAUCAUCUUACCUCACAACAAACAACAACACCAACAACAACAACAACAACAUCAUCAUCUUCAUCAUCAUCACCAUCACCUCGUUCCUCAUUCAGUAAUAAUAAUAAUAAUGUUAACACAACCAAUAAUAAUUCUGCUAAUAAUAAUAAUAAUAACGAACGAUCAAAUUGUACCAAAUUGUUUUGCGGUUCCGGAAGUGGAUCAAGUGAAUCAAAGAGGAAAGAUGUUGAUGAGAAUAACGUGAAUGGCUCAAGUUCAGGAAAUUGUGACACCGGAAGUAAAUGGCGUAAAUCAUCACGAAAAGGAAGUAAAAAGAAGGAUAAAAAUGCACUGAAAGAGGAACCAUCUAAACUUGGUGUUACAAGUGAUAGUGUCUCAGGUAACUCAGGUGAUUCCAAUAUUCAAUCGGGAACGUGUGUAAAUAGUGCCAAUAAUAAUAAUAAUAAUAAUAAUAGUAUUGAGAAUGGUGGGACAACCCCACCCACAUCAACAACGACAACAACGAAUCAACAGUCACAACAACAAUCUGGUGCCCAUGAUCGUAAAUCUUGUUGUUUCUGUUGGUGUUGUUGUUGUUCAUGCUCCUGCCUGCCGGGUAAAAAUCAAAACAAAACUGGUAAGGAAAACACUCGAAUUCAACCUUCCACAUCGUUAGAACAUUAUUUCAAUGGAAAUAGUGAUCCGCCAUCUAUAGAGGAAAUGAGGUUAUGGUCAGAGUCUUUCGAUAAACUAAUGAAAUGUCCAUGGGGUCGUAAAGUUUUUCGUGAUUUCUUGAAAUGUGAAUACAGUGAAGAGAAUAUACUUUUCUGGUUAGCAUGUGAAGACCUUAAGAACGAAUCUAACCCGGAAGUAAUUGAGGAAAAGGCUCGAAUAAUCUAUGAAGAUUAUAUUUCAAUAUUAUCUCCAAAAGAGGUUAGCCUUGAUUCUCGAGUUCGUGAAAUAAUUAAUAAGAAUAUGGUUAAUCCAAGUCCUCAUACUUUCGACGAGGCACAGUUGCAAAUAUACACAUUAAUGCACCGAGAUUCUUAUCCGCGUUUUAUAAACUCUAAUAUGUACCGUAAAUUGGCUCAAUUACCUACAUCAAGUCGUAAAGGAAGCACAGCUUGAUCUGUAUUAUUAUUAUUCUUAAUUGUUAUCAUUGUGAUUGACUGGCAAUGGUUAAUGAUCGCUGAUUGAUUAAGGAUUAAACGGAUAAACAACAACAAACUUUUUUCGUCCUUCGUAACUUUGUAACUCUCAAUCUCUCUCCUUCUCUCUUUCUCUGCGAUUCUGGUUCUGAUUAUGGAUUAUGUUGAUUCCUUUUCCGUUUAAUUUUGGCAAAGAAAAACAAAAAAAAAAGUUUACCUUCCAAUCAAUGUGUUGAUCACAAUUAAACAAUUGAUUUUAAUUGUUUUCAAUUGAUCAACAAAUUCUCAUGGAAACUAAUGGAUUAAUUUGCAGUGGAUUAACAUUACCUCUCCUUACGGCUGAAAUGUUUUACUUUUUUCUUCAUUCAAUUUGUUACCGUGAUUAAGUUUAACAAUCAAUUGAUUUCUGUUAAUUGUCUUUGGUCAAAAAUUUAAAAUCAUAAUCAAUCCGUUUCUCGUUGAAAUUGAUUAUGAACUACAGCGAUCUUAAUUAGUUUAAUUACCAUCAUCUCUCCAUCACCAUCAUCAUCUUAACCAUCAACCGCACACUAAAUAUACAUUUAAACAACAACACACAAUCGUUAAUUUAAUUUAAUACAAUUACAACAAUUAAUUCACUCAAUUGAUUAAAUAUACACAACACAAGAAACAAAAUUUAUUACAAACAUCACAAAACUCACUCAUUGACAAUUUAAUUAUCAACGAUCCCAUCAUCACCUUGCCAUAUAUACACACACACAAUUAAUUAUUAACUAAUUAAUUACCAUUAUUACUUAAUUAUUACCAAUUACAAUUAUUAUUAUGAUGAUUAUAAUAUAAUAUAAAUAUACACAUGAAAUAUACAACAAA